AUUUCAAAUUGUUAUUAUUUAAGCAAGAAUACAAGUUUUAAUCAAUGGUAUAUCUAUGCGUAACUGUGAGCCAUGUUUAAUUUCCAAUGACACAUGGAAAGAUAAAAGCACCAAAUUUCAAUACUGAUCUGCACAGAUUCGACAUUGUUCUCAAGCAAGGAGACUCUCCACACACAACUAGCAAGCCUGAGACCCUCUGUGGAACACAGAGGGGGUACUCUAAACAUUCUAUUGUUUUCUGUUCAUCUCACUGGAAUGAAAACAAUAAGUUAUAGAAACUAACUAAUUAAAUGUAUGAUCUUCCUGUUGUGUAAUAUCCUGAAAACCCACUGAGUUCUCCCUAAAUGUGUAUUUCAACCUAUACCAAAGGGACUGUUAAUAUGACUAAAUCAGAACAUGCAUUUACAGCAGCUGUUCUCAACCUAUGGGUCACAACUCCUUUAGGAGUCAAAUAUCAGAUAUUCUGCAUAACACGUAUUUUACAUCACAAUUCAUAACAGUAGCCAAAUUAUAGAUAUGAAAUAACAAUGAAAAAAUUUUAUGGUUGGGGUCACCACAAUAUGGGGAACUGUAUUAAAGGUUCACACCAUUAGGAAAGUUGAGCACCACUGACUUAAUUAAGGUAUUGGUUAUGUCUCAUAUGCUAUUUACUCAAUAUGCUCACGAAUCUUUCUUCUCCCACAGCCACAUUCUAUCAUAUCCUACUUAUUUGAAUGAAGAUGAGAUGCCCUCACACUGGUCAACACAAACAAGAACCUUCAGGCUAAACCAGCCCACGACCAGUUUUUGUAAAUAAAAUGUACUCCCUCUCACCCAUAUAUCCAUACACUACAGAUGCCUGGGUUUGUGCUACAGUGAUAGAGGUGAGACUUGACACAUAUGCAGCAUAGGUCUCAAAGCUGACAACAACACCUGGAUGCUUACAAGAACAGUUCCAUGAUCCCUGAUCAAGGUCCCCUUCCCUUUGUGUUGCUGUCUUUCCUCCUGGGAGCCACUUUGAAGGGUACAGUCGCCACCUCAUCAUGGGAUCCAGGAGUCUCAUGAUCAGGCCACAGAUUCAACACCAUCUGGAAGCAGAGUUGUGAGACUUUUUGAUAAAGAAAGUAAACCUUGACCAAGGCAGACCUGUGGUUCCCAGCCCUGUCUUUCUCCCACGCUGGAGCUAUAAAAGCAGGAACCAGGACAGGAGCAUACCAGAAUAUCUCCCCAGGCUGCGACAGUGGCAAAAUGCCUGCCCUACUAUUCCUGGUGGUGCUUCUCUUGCCUUCUGGAGCUGGAGCAGAGGAGAUUAUUAGUGGUGUUGAGUCUAAACCGCACUCCCGCCCUUACAUGGCCUAUCUGAACAUCUGCAGUACAAAAGGUUACGUGGCCAUCUGUGGUGGCUUUCUUAUAACCCCCCAAUUUGUGAUGACUGCUGCACACUGUAGAGGAAGAAGAAUCACUGUCACGCUUGGAGCUCAUGAUGUGCACAAGAGAGAAUCCACACAGCUGAAGAUAAACGUUGAAAAACAAAUCUUUUAUCCAAAUUACAAUGUAUCUUCCAAGCUUCAUGACAUCAUGUUACUGAAACUUAAAAAGCAAACUGAGUUGUCUCUUGCUAUGGAUGUCAUUCCCCUGCCUAGUCCCUCUGACUUUAUCAAGCCUGGGACAAUGUGCUGGGCAGCUGGCUGGGGAAGAACUGCAGCAACAGAACCUAUCUCACAUACCCUGAGAGAGGUUGAACUGAGAGUCAUGGAAAAAAAGGCCUGUAAAGCAUAUAGGCAUUAUAAGGAUAACUUCCAGGUCUGUGUGGGUAGUCCCACAAAGCUAGCGUUAGCAUACAAGGGAGACUCCGGGGGACUUCUAGUAUGUGCUGGGGUGGCCCAUGGCAUUGCAUCUCACGGAUGUGGAAAAGAAAGCCCCUUAUAAUCUUCACCCGAAUUUCCUCAUAUGUGCCCUGGAUUAAUACAGUCAUAAAGGGAGAUUAGUUGAAAAAACCGGAUCAAUGUGAGUCAGACUCU